AUGGAUGAAUGGACGGCGAAAUAUCUCGAGGAGUGGCAAGUUGAUUUCGGAGACGAGCUCAACGCCGAGCAAUCACUACGCUUUAUUCAAGAUGUCUUGUCGGCAUUGAAGCAACUGCCCAGCUCCGGCGUCGAGACGGUCGCUCCAUCAGUCAUAGCCACGAUCAAGUCGCAACAGGACCUUGAGGAAUCACUUGAUUACUCUCAAGGUGUCGUCUUCGAAGCCGCCAUCUCUUCGCCCUUGGAUUCUAGCGACCUUGCACAAGUCACCCGGUUGCUUGUGCAGGAGCUCCCCCAUCCUCGCAACGAGUGGUUUCAACGAAAAUUUGCCAAUAACGCGCGCGAAAGAUGGAAUGGACCAGAUCAACCUGGCCCUGAAAAAGACCUCGACCAAUGUAUCCAAGAAUGGAUCUCUUUGAAUAUCUUUGUCGCACAUCUUACUCGAGUGCAAGCUGCUCCUCUUGAAGACUUCGCGCUCCGAACACUAAACCGGGCGUUCGACCCAGGAUCAUAUCUCUCAAAUGAAGUGGAAUACCAGGUCCCCGCUGGUGCCGCUUGGAUGAGAAACUGGGGAAAGGAGCUUUAUGUCUGGAAAUUCUCCGCGAUUAAGCUUGGCAUCGAUCGGGCCAGGUGGAAUUGGUGGAAGCGAGGUUUUUGA